ACCUAAUUAGACUUUGCAUUUUUUUAGCUAGUUCAUCCUUUAUUUAAACAAGAUGUAUCAUUGAGAUCUUUUCAAGAGCAACAUGUGUACAAGAAUAAACAUAUGUGUAAGUAUAAGACAAACAGGAAUGUAGACAUUAGUUCUACAUUAAAGAAAACAAUUAGAAGUGGCAUUCAAACCACAUUUUCCAAGCUGCUCUUUCACACACAUAACACUGCAAUAUCAGCAGAAACAGAGUGAUACCACUAUUGAUAAAUGUGAUCUAAAAAUGGGACUACAUGCAGUCUAGAAAAUGGCCUCAAAUUUAUUUUAGAAACUUAUAUUAGUUGAGGCGUUGCUCUUAAAAAUUGUGAAGUUAAAGGAGCACUUCUCUGACUCAAAUGAAUGCUAUCGAGUUGUAUUAUGGGAAAUGUAGGAUCCAGUUGGAGCUUGACAUAGCCUAUAGGGACAAAAAGUCAGGAUAUCUCGGUCCGUGCUGCUUCAAGUUUCAUCAUUUUUGUUUGAACCUGUCUCUUGUGAGUCCCCAAACUUUAUGAAAAUAUGAUACCAAAUUCCUUUAAUUUAAUCAUUAUAUUGAGCUUUUUUUCCUGUUCUGACAUUCAGCUUUAAAAACCUGCCUGCAGAUAUUGCCGAGCUCUUAUUGUUAGUGUUUUACUGUUUAAUUUAACUUUUGUCUCACACAUGGCAGCCUAGACUAAGUGUUUGUGAGCAAUGGGGGGGAGGAGAUACAUCCUACUGUGAUCCUACUACAGAGGGGGGUAGAGAGAGCAUCAUGAGAAAAUCCGACACUUGUUGCAAGCAAGCGUCAAAUCCUUUGACAACGUGACAUCCUAUAGGCUGGACACUCGUGGGGCAUCGCGUGUGAGAGAGGAAAGGUCUAAUGAUGGAGAUGUGACACUUUGGCACACAUCUUGGCUCAGUGUGAGGAUGCUUCCUAUAUCCUGCGCGUCAAUGGAGAUUUCUGGGAACACUGGAGUGCCACAUGGGACCCUUACCACAGCUGGCGUGUUUGGUCAUUAGCACCUAUUCCACUUUGCACCCAUGAACUUUCCGGUCCUCCAUCCUUCUCACGGACAAUGAAGACGACUCGCAAAUGCAGGUCCCUUCUGUCGGUUGGCUUGAACUUCUUCGCCCUGUUUUUCUCCAUAACCGCGUUCAUAACGACCUACUGGUGCGUGGGGACCCAGAGAGUACCCAAGCCGAAGUGCAGCAAGCUGCGGACGCACCAGUGCAUAGACUACGGAGUGAACGAGACAGACCCUAACAAAGUGGUGUACAGCUGGGAGACCGGGGACGACAGGUUCCUGUUCCGUCAGUUCCACACCGGCAUCUGGUUCUCAUGUGAGGAGAACAUCCACGAUGAAAGUGAGAUGUGCCGAAGCUUCAUUGAUUUGGCCCCUGCGUCAGAGAAAGGGAUGCUGUGGCUGUCACUGGUCUCUGAGAUGUUGUACAUUGUUCUGCUGGUGGUGGGCUUCAGUCUCAUGUGUUUAGAGCUCGUCCACUCCAGCAACGUCAUUGAUGGACUCAAGCUCAAUGCCUUCGCCGCUGUCUUCACUGUGCUCUCAGGUCUUCUCGGCAUGGUGGCUCAUGUGAUGUACACACAGGUCUUCCAAGUCACCGUCAGUCUUGGUCCACCUGACUGGAGGCCUUAUAACUGGGACUAUGGCUGGUCCUUCUGUAUGGCCUGGGCGUCCUUCACCUGCUGUAUGGGUGCGUCAGUCACCACUCUAAACUCCUACACUAAGACCGUCAUCGAGUUCAGGCACAAGCGCAAGACCUUUGAGCAAAGCAUCCGGGAGGAGCACGCGCAGGAGGCUUUCGGAUAUUUCCGGGAACAGUCUGUGCACUCCAUCUCCAAAUCUGUGGAAGUUUAUUCCAGCCAGACCCUGAAUAGCGGCAGGAAAACUCCCAUACCUGCCGACUCCCUGGACCUGAGUGACAUUCAGGGGUCUUUAGGGGAAGAACAGUGCUGAGCGGGACAGGAGACUAAGUGGUGGCAUUUCUCUCAGUGUGGCAACUUGAUGGAUGGAAGCUUUGUGUUGCAUCGCUGGUUUACUAUAGGAUUGAACACCUAACAGGAUUUCAUGCCACAUUGUUAGCUCCAUUUGAUACAUUUCUGCACUGCCUUAAUUGAAUUUACUCCCUGUGGGUGUGUUGUUGCUGUUGUUAGUCAAGUCACACGGGGUUAUAGUUGGGAAAUCUAACCAAACAAGCUGAGAACUGGAAAAAGUGGAAAAAAGUGGGUUCUCUUCUCUCUUCUUCUCUUUGUUUGUGUAACUUACCACAAUGUAGAUUUAAGAAAAUGUUGUCAGGUAAACACCUAAAAAUAGAAUGAGGGUCUCUCAGAUGCUAAUAGCCUUAUUAAACACGUUUCAGUCAAUCAAUAAAUCAAUGCAAAUGAUUGUCAAAUCACAAAGACAGGGUGACAGUUUAACUGGUUUUCAUUCAUUAUGAAAUAAAGCCACAAAUACUGCGAAUCAUGUGCCUACACAUAUAAAGAGCAAUGUUGUAAAUAUGUUAUGGAGUGUAAGUGUGCGGUACUUUUGUACACAGAAUGGUUGUGUAUAUUUGUUCUUCUGGAUGUUCACGAUGACUGUUGUAUUGUCUCACAAACCCUAAAUGAGGAAUACACUUUUGUUGGACCAUUGUGAACCAAUAUCACAAUAAACUGAGCUGAAAGUUA